AUGGCUCUUUACCGUAUAGGUGUCGACGUAGGUGGCACAAACACCGACGCCGCUAUCCUCGACAUCACGGCCACAGACACGCCUGGCCGCGGUGUCCUGGCUUCCCACAAGGCCUCAACUACACCAGACAUUACCACCGGCAUAGAAGCUGCAAUCCGUGCUGUCGCUCAGAGCUCAGAAAUCGACCAGAAGCGAGUCCUGAGUGUAACUAUAGGCACAACGCACUUCAUCAACGCUCUUAUUGAGGCUGACAAGCGACGGCUUAGCAAGGUCGCUGUCGUCCGUCUUUGUGGACCAUUUACAAGACAAAUCCCCCCAUUUUCGGACUUUCCCUCUGACCUCCAUCGUAUUCUAGAUGGUGGAGUCUACUAUCUCGAUGGAGGACUGGAGAUUGAUGGUCGGGAGAUCGCGCCGCUCGACCACGAGCAGAUUCGCCAAACAGCAAGAGACAUCGUCGCGUCUGGGGUGAGAUCAGUUGCCCUUGUUGGUAUCUUCUCACCGCUGGAUCACUCCGGCCUGCACGAAGAAACUUGUAAAAGAGUCAUGCUGGAAGAAGUGCCAGAUCUUGAUGUGGUCUGCUCCCAUGACAUAGGCCCACCUGGUCUUUUGGAGCGAGAGAACGCGACAAUUCUCAAUGCCGCCAUUCUCAGAACAGCACACAAGGUCACCCGAGGUUUUAAAACCGCAAUGGCACGGCUGAAGCUCGCCUGUCCACUCUAUCUAUCGCAGAACGAUGGCACACUUAUUAACGCUGAUACGGCUGCCGAGUUUCCCAUCAAGACCUUCGCUAGCGGUCCGACAAAUAGCAUGACUGGAGCGGCUUUCCUCGCCGGACUGGAUCGAGCGAAGAGGACGACCACAGAUUCUACCAAGAUCUCAGAAAGGAAAGAGAUGGAGCCUCAAGUGCUCGUCGUUGACAUCGGCGGCACAACCACAGACGUAUGCGCCUUGCUACCGUCUGGCUUCCCUCGACAAGCGCCCGGGUUCGUGGAAGUUGGGGGCGUGAGAACAGCAUUCUCAAUGCCCGAGGUCGUCUCAAUCGGACUUGGUGGUGGUAGCAAAGUGAAGAUGACCUCCGAAUUCGGGGAUGUCACGGUUGGUCCGGGGUCAGUUGGACACUUCCUCACUGAGCAGGCGAGGGUCUUUGGCGGUCUGACACUAACAGCAACGGAUGUUGUGGUGGCUUCUGGGAAAGCGAGCCUGGGAGACGCGAGCCUCAUUAAAGAUAUCCCAAGCUCAGUCCUCGAAAAGGCGCGGCAGAGAAUCAAGAAGAUGCUAGAGGGUGUUAUCGAGCAGAUGAAGGUCUCCGCUGCACCCGUGCACGUGCUUCUUGUGGGAGGCGGUGCCCUCCUUGUCACAGACAACCUCGAAGGCGUCGAGAAGUGUAUUCAGCCUAUUCACCAAGGCGCCGCUAAUGCCGUUGGCGCUGCUAUUGGCAAGGUUUCUGGCGAAGUGGACGUCAUUGAGAUCCUCGAGGGAAGAGACGAGAAGGCAGUUGUUGCAGCGACGUGCCAGAAGGCUAUCGAUCUAGCCAUUCAAAAGGGUGCAGCUUCUACAGACGUCCACGUUGUCGAGGUGAACAAGAUGCCGCUUCAAUACGUCGACAAUGGCGCCAUGAGGAUACAAGUCAGAGCUGUCGGCAAAUUGAGCGUUCCCGGGGAUCCCACUUCCUCGCCCGAGAGCAUGACGCCAGUCGAAGAAGAGGAUAAGGAGGCCGAGGCGCCAAAGAAGACUGUUUCGGACGCUCUAGAGCCUACCACCAAGCCCUCACUGCGGGUAGAUCUCGAGACCUACCGGCCUGACGUUCAAGAAGGGGCGUGGUACGUCUCAGAGGUAGAUCUGGAGAUGAUUUCAACAGGCUGUGGUGUACUAGGAACUGGCGGCGGGGGUCCAACCCACCACGAAUUCUUGAAAAGCUUGCAUGUCCUACGCAAUAGCGAGCCAGGCAAGAUGAGGAUCAUUUCACCUUCAUCUCUCGCCGACACUGACACCGUAUGCUUUGGCUCCUGGUACGGCACCCCGAGUGUCAUCAACGAGAGAAUUGCUGGUGGCUCUGAGAUCCCCAGCGGUAUCGAUGCAGUGCGAAAGAUCUUGGGAGAUGUGCCUCUUCAUGGGGUUUUCAUCGACGAGAUUGGUGGAGGCAAUGGUCUCAGUGCAUUUCCAACUGGAGUACAUUAUGAUAUACCGAUCAUCGAUGGCGACGCGAUGGGAAGAGCAUACCCAACUAUGUAUCAAGCCACGCUGAGCGUCUAUGGUCACCCGCUAACUCCCUGUGCUCUCUCUGACGCAAGGGGCAAUGUGUGCGUUGUGAUGAGUUCUGAUACGCCAGUUCGCCUGGAGCGAUUCCUGCGUACGGCAGCAAUUGAGCUCGGCCUCGGAUGCGCCGUUUGCGCCAGGCCGCUUCCCGGCUCGGCCAUAAAGUCCCACGGCGUCCCUAACACCCUAUCACAAGCCUGGUAUCUAGGUCGUGCAGUUCAUAUGGCACGGAAGAGGAAGUCUAGCUAUGUCGAUGCCAUUGUAAGUAAAUUGUCGCACGCGCCAUUUGGCCCGGAGUAG